CCUUGGGGAUCUUCUUUGACCACAUCCACAUUUUAAUACUGCCAGUUCACUUUCACACCAAAAGUAUGUGUCAGUAAUGACGGCACAGAGAAACCAUGAGAACAGAUCAAGAAGAUCUUGUAUUUUCAACAAGCAGAUCAGGAUGGAUCUCCAACUGGCUGCCCUCCUGGUGUCCCACCUCUCUUGCACAUCUUAAAAAAGCAGAAGAUAAAAUCCUGAAAGCCAUUAAAGUCAAGUACACACAAGGACAUGUUUCCAUAUCUAAUGGGAACUUCAUCUGGACUCUGGGCUUUAAUGAAACAAAUAACUUGUGCGAGCAUACUGGUCGUCCUAAACAUCUGCAGAUCCCACUAGUGCUACUGCAUGGUUUUGGGGCUGGUGUGGGUCUCUGGGUUAAAAAACUUCCUGUCAUUGCAAAAGAAGGAAGGCCUGUAUACGCACUUGACCUGUUGGGCUUUGGACGCAGCAGUCGACCAAUCUUUGGCAAUGAUGCCCAAGAAGUAGAGGAGCAGUUUGUCCAAUCCCUGGAGGACUGGAGACAGUCAGUCGGAUUGGAACAUAUGAUUCUCCUUGGCCAUGAUUUUGGAGGUUAUGUUUCUACGGCUUAUGCGAUGAAAUAUCCUAACAGAGUGAAGCACUUGGUGUUGGUGGAACCGUGGGGGUUUAUGGCAAGACCAAAUGCUCAGGAGCGCUGGGUUCCUGUUUGGAUUAAAGCCAUUGGUGCUGUAAUGAACCCAUUAAACCCUCUUACUCUUCUCAGGCUGGCAGGCCCACUGGGUCCUUUUUUGAUACAGGCAAUGCGAUCAGAUUUUAAGCAGAAAUAUGCUUCUGUUUUUGAAGACGAUACAAUUGCUGAUUACAUAUACCAUACAAAUGCACAGACGCCCAGUGGAGAGACAGCAUUUAAAAACUUGACAAUCCCAUACGGUUGGCCCCAGCUUCCCAUGAUGGAACGGGCAGGGAUCAGUCCCUCGCUUCCCAUGUCUUUUAUCUACGGUUCACGUUCAAGCAUCGACGGCCAAUCAGGAAAAGACAUUCAAGAGCUCAGACCCAACUCAUACACUAUACUAAAAGAAAAUGCACAGCCUGUUGUACAUGCUGCACGAAGAGUACCAGCACCGCUCAAAAAUCGUCUAAAGAAGGAAUUAGACAGAAUGACCACUUUAGGAGUCAUUAAAAAAAUAGAAGAGCCAACUGACUGGGUGAACUCGAUGGUGUGCGUAAAGAAAAAGAAUGGCGAUUUAAGGGUGUGCAUGGAUCCUAAGGAUCUGAAUAAUCACACGGCGUGA